AUGGCGACCAGGAAUAACACGCGGCUAUUGAAGCCCACCAGUAGCAUGCAGAGCAUGUCCGGCGUGCUAUCGCUCCAGCCAGCGCCACUCACAAGUGCCACGCUCUCCCGCGCUGUCGAAGAGGAUCUGGAAUCGCAAGCGCGGGCAUCACUCAGUCUCUUCGGAUUUGGAUUACGGGACUCGGUGAACUGGAGCCCCGUAAGUGCCAGCGCCGGUGCAGCAGCUUCGGCCGCAUCGUCCACCGAGACGCCAGGGACAGGGGGCGCGAUUAAAGUCCGAGUUAUGGAGCGCGUAUGCCCCAUCGGCACGAACGCGCUAUUGUGGAGUAUCAUGAACUCACUUGCCAAUGGAGGUGAAGGAGGCGACGAUUUGGCGACGGGUAGCGCAGACUUAGCGGCAUCACAUGUCAAUGGAGGUACUGGUGUCAAUGGAAGUGGCGCACUGGAAAGCGAUGCGUCGGACUGGGAUGCUGCCUCUAGUGCCGCGGGGCUUGACAAUGGAUUUGCAUCGAAAGUGCUGCAACAAUACCUUGUAAAAUGCGUCGCACUUUUGCCGUCGUCGAUAGAGGAAGCGGUAGAUUUCCUCGUACGUUCGGAUAGAGACGAUAUGGAGCCGCCCAUGAAGCACCUUGUAGGAGUUCGCACGAGCUCGUCGGCUUUCGUUUACCGCCGAAAGAAGAAGCCGCUUCGACGCAGCAAUAAUAACAACAGCAACGGUAGAAGCAACAACGGUGGCGACGGCGUGUCGCAGCGAAUGGCAUCGCAGACAUGCAUACAAGAUUGCGACAGCGACUCGUCAUACUCGGAAACAGAUGCGGACCUGGACGACGAUUUGCAGCCAAUCACCCGUAUAUCCAGUCGAAAUUUUACCUCUGGACGUGCCCGAGGCACUCAAAAUGGUGACUCACUAGAGGAUGAUCGACCAGUCACACCAGCGAACUCGGGACCAUAUCUGUCUCCUUCUUACAUGGACGAUUAUCGUGCUGAAAUGGCGAACUCGGGGCACCAGGGAAAUCUUAGUAUCAAGUGGGUCGUCGGCGAGAAGUCAAGUCGAAUGUUCGCGUCGCGGACAACCUACUGCCUGUUGGAUUAUGAGUGUAUUCUGGUGAACGACUGGGAUGAGAAUGCAGAUCCAUCACCAAUGUACGUGCGUACGCUGCAGUCAAGCUACAGCCCUCACUGUCAAGCAUGGUUGGACGAGGUAGGCUCCAAACCUACGGAUCUUCAGCCAACCGGCUUCAUGGUACGCCAGGCGCGUCACCGUGACGGAUACGUAGAAGUUCAGUUUGUGGCUUCCAUUUUGGAGAAAGCACAGCUACCUAUGCUGUCUCGGCGAGCGAAGCUGCGACAACUGUGCGCUAAAAUCGCGCGCCUGGAAGAGGUGCUGACCAAGCGGCGUUUGUCGCAGUCGUUGCUUGUACAUGCACCACAUUGGGUGCACAAUCGCGACCGAUUGGGAUGCCGCAUUUGCGACGCAAAGUUCGGGUUAUCACGUCGUCGUCAUCACUGUCGUCUUUGUGGUGAAAUAUGCUGCUUUGAAUGCUGUCCCAAGAUGGAUGUUGCGCUUCCCGACGUGGGUUCUACGAGUGUGCGUGUAUGUAUUGGAUGUGUACAGAAGCGCAGGAAAAGCUGCGAUUUGGCUGAGUCUGCGUCCAGCGCAUCGACGAUGGCAUCGACAUUGUCACCGACAAAUACUGCUUGCGCUGAGACUCUUCCGCCUCCGAUGUUAGGCUCGGCUGUGCCGUCACCAUCCGACCAUUGCUUAACAUUUUCAUCGAGUCACAGUGCCGCUUCAGGUAGCUUUACGAUGGCCAGCGGCUUAGGUGAGCGAAAGCAUUCAUUAGCGUCGUCUGUUUUUCUAAAAAUGAAGAGUAGUUCGUUAAGCUAA